AUGCCGAAUACACAAGGGAGGGACGCCGCUUAUAUAUGUGAAUUAGAGCUACAGUUGCAAUACGGCUGUGCUGACAUUGCCCCCCGCCCCACCGGUCGGAGGUCGCGGAAGCCUGGCGUCGACCGGAAACCUCGACAAGCCUACAGUGCUAAGCAGUUGGAGCGGCUAGAGGCAGAGUUUAAGGUGGACAAGUACCUGAGUGUGUCGAAGCGCCUGGAGCUGUCGCAGGCGCUCAACCUGACGGAGACGCAGAUCAAGACAUGGUUCCAGAAUCGGAGGACCAAGUGGAAGAAGCAGAUGGCCGCCCGCAUGAGGCUGGCCCAGCGGCAAGGUCUCCUCCCGCCCCACCUCUACCCGGCUCUCCCGCCCAUCCCGCCCAUUCUCGGUCCCUACUACCCGCUCACGCCGCACACUCACGCCCACAUCGUGCCCCCGCCUCCCCUCCUCACGCCCAUGUCCCCGCCGGACCCGCCCUUCUCGUCAGCCCACGAUCCGCCCACGGCUUAAUUAGCUAGCGUUAGUAUUUAUCUCUCACCGCCCAUCCCCUUACCCCCCUCACCCUCACCCCUUCUCUUUUAAGGAUUAUGAUCUAUUCCUUCUUCCAUUUUUAUAAGAUUGGAAGUCAAACAAACUAAAAAAGAAUCAUUGAUAAACUAAGAGAAUUCUCACAGCGAGAUUCACUUUGCUUCUUUUUUACUUUCUGAUCGGGAAAAGAUCGUUAAAAAAACGGAAAACUAAGCUUCAUGUUAUUUUUUCUACAUAUUAAUUUAAAACAGUUACAUAUUUUACCAUUUUUUUGCAUUCUAAUGUUGAAUAUCUAAGUAUCUCCUUGUCAGUAGCUACUCUUUUGUACUUACUGUGACAGAGAAAACGAGAUUAAUCGAUGCAAUGCAUCAUCACAUUUUAA